AUGCUCUGGAAAUCCUUUGCUUUGGCUGCUCCAACAUCAGAGGAUGAACUUAGUGUGACCAAGCCAGGUCGCACCACCAACCAAACUGGAAUCAUUUUCAUUUUUACCAGCCAGGGAGCACAGUAUGCGAGCAUGAGGCAUGGUGUAAUGCAAUUUCCUAUAUUUAAGGCAAUUCUCGCAAAGCCCAACGAAAUCUUUGCGGAAUUGGGUUGCACCUGGUCGCCAAUAGGUAAGGUCCUUAUCACAGCAAACUCAUCAGAUCAUUUGAGUCUAAUCACAAAGUGUGGGGUGAGCUCAAAGAAGCUCAUAAUAUCUUGCGACUUGAAUAUAGUCAAGCACUUUAUACAGCUUUACAGAUCACACUUGUAGAGUUAUCGAAAGCAGUGGGCAUUACUCCAUCAGCCGUCGUAGGACAUAGUUCCCGGGGAAAUCGCGGCAGCGUAGGUCUUUCCUCCAUAUUUCUUAUCAUCUUCCAAGCUAAAUAUGGUAGGUAUACAAUUGGAGCAUUGUCAAUUGAAUCGUUUUCUACAGUUGCUUAUCACAGGGGUCUACUGGCUGGUAGAUGGGCUGCUACUACGGCUGUUCCGGGGCGAUGAUUCUCGUCAAUAUUGCUGGGGAAGAGGUUUCCGGAUAUCUCCAGCAGAAACUUGGAGAUUGAGGAGCACAUCUGAACUUACCAAUUGCCUGCAUCAUUAGUACCUUGAAUGUGACAAUAUCAGGCGACGAACACUGCCAUCGAUACCUUGAAAGACAAGCUUGAUGAAGAUGGGACUUUUGCUGUCAAACUGAAGACAGGUGUUACAUACCAUUCCCAUGCUAUGGAGACAAUUUCUUCCGAUUAUCUCACUCUUAUGGGAUUACUUGAGCCAAAAUCAUAG